CAAUUAAUAAACCAAUAGAGAGAGAGCGAGAGAAAGAAAGAAAGAAAGAAAGAAAGAAAGAAAUGGAGACACUUUUACAAUAUAUACGAUUUUUCUCUUUAUUCAUGUUGUUUCUGUCUGUGCACAGCGUUCCCUUUACUGGAAAAGGUGAUGUAGAAACUCAGAAAAACGUCGUCGGAGUUGAAAUUAAAUGCGGAGAAGUCGAAGUGAGUAUAACCGUAAAGCGGCAUUUUUUGGAGGAGAAACAUAUUCCUUUCAAACCUGAGAAUCUUCGACUUGGAACAAACUCCACACAGCAGAGGUCCUGUGCAGCAAAGGGACCGGUAUCCGACUCUGAGAUGGUCAUCUCUGCAGGGUUACACGAAUGUGGGACAGAGUCCAGAGUUCGAGGGGAGUGGCUUAUUUAUUCCAAUCAGCUGGUGCUGUUUCCUGCUGUGGUUCCCACCUCUACAAGUGUGAUAGUAAAAGGGGCAACUACUGUCAUAACCAUUGAGUGCCAUUAUAAGAGGUCAGGCAGGAGGCAGACAGUGAAUGCAGAACCACUAACCCCAACCUGGCUCCCUCUGACCUCUACCAUCAGUGUUUUUGGCCUUCUGCACUUCUCCCUUCGCGCCAUGGCAGAUGACUGCACCUCUGUACGUAGUUCCUCAGUGUAUCAGCAGGGGGAAGCAGUGUUUUUGGAGGCCAGUGUGGAGGCCCCGCUGCACUCUCCUCUUACUAUGUAUGUUGACUACUGUGUGGCUACGCUGAAGCCUGACCCUCUCUCCUCGCCAAGCUACAAGUUUAUCAGCAAGAAUGGAUGUCUUAUGGAUAGUGUAUUGCCUGGGUCUUCAUCCAGAUUCCUCCCUAGAGAGCAGGAUAACAGACUAUGCUUCAGUUUCCAAGCCUUCCACUUUAACCAGGAGUAUGGGAAAGAGAUGUUCAUCAGCUGCCACAUGAGGGCCAUUCUGAGACAAAAGUCCCAUAGCCACCUUAAUAAAUCCUGCUUCUUCCACAGGCCCACAUUCAGCUGGCGUGCCACAGAGGGGGACGAUGCUCUGUGUGGAUGCUGUGACUAUGAUGAUUGCUUUAGACAGACUGCAGAGGAGAACCAUGUCCACACUGGACACACAACUCAACCAGAUACAGAAAAGAAUCAUGAGGAGGACACAACAGUUGGGCCGCUUCAUACGCUGCCACACUUCCAUCGGACAGGCCGUCUGUCAGUCAAUCACUAAAGACCAAUUACAAUUAGGUACUGCAGAAUGUCGAGACCCAAAACCAGGGGAGGUAGGGGAUAGAGAUUAAAGAAUGAAUGCCUUAUUGUUUAUGUUUUUCACAACUUUUUUUAUGAAAGUAAGUAAUUUUGGAUGCUAAUUGGUGGCUCUAGCGAUAUAUACUCCUACAUAUUUACCUACAAAAUAAUACAAUUUUUGCUUACUUUGAGCUCUGGAUGCCUCUUGGACCAGUAUUUUACAAUAAUCAUGAAGCUUCCCCGUACACCAGUGCUGACUACAGACAGAUGAGUCUGCCAUAAUGUAAACACACACAGACCUUAUACGUUUAUAUACGUUUUUUUCUCUCUGUUCAUCAUCUUGGACAGUUUCAGUCAAAUCAUACUCAGUGAUGGAAAAAGUAUUAAGAUCCCAAUAAGAUCCCUUAUUUAAGUAAACCUACUAACACACUAAUUAAUCCACUACAAGUAAAAGUCCUGCAUUCAAAACUAACCUCAGUGAAAGUACAAAAGUAUCAGCAUCAAAAUGUACUUAGAGUAUCAAUAGUAAAAUACUUAUGUAGAAUGGCCCUAUUCAGGUUGUCAUAUAUAUUUUAUAUAAAUUGCUGGAUUAUAAUUUUUGAUUAAUUUAUGUAAGUAGCAUUUUUAUGUUGUCCAGGUCGGGCUUCUUUUUUAAAAAUCAUUUGAUCAUGUUUUUCGUGUUAAAUUCUUGACCUGAAAAGUAACUAAAGCUGUCAGCUAAAUGCAGUGGAGUAAAAAGUACAAUAUUUACCACUAAAAUGUAGUAGAGUUGAAGUAUAAAUCUACACUAAAUGGAAAUGCUAAAGUAAAGUAAAAGCAUCUCAAAAUUGUACUUAAGUACAGUUCUAAGUAAAUGUACUUAGUUACAUUCCACUGAUCAUAUCACCGUUUUUUAUUUCUGUAAACUUUAGUAAUUCCAAAAACAAUAUGACACUGCAGACCAUCUGAACUCUGUGUGUGUGCACGUUUUAUAACACAUGCCGUAUGUCAGUGCUUUCCUGUUUUGACUGAGGAUGCUCCUAAACCAGAACUGGUCAGUUCGUCAUUCAUACUUUGUGGAAGUUGUAUUUGACCCCAAGAGAAAAACAAACACAACAACACCGACCAAUUUCCACUGCGAUGGAUAUGCUGAACCUAAUUUCGUACAUGUACAGCCUUGAACCUGUUUUUCUUAAGCUAUAUCUCAGUGCUUUUUAAAUGUCUUUGAGAUGACAACAGAAUUCCUGUUUAUAAAUGUGUGUCUGAUCUGAGACGGACCAGGUAUUUUGCAACAUCAUGACUGAAGAAUGGGUAGUUUUUCAUUCAGCCAUGGAAAUGGAUAGCAAUGAAAACAAACCCAUGAGGAAUUUCCACAAAGAGGCCAAAGAACUACAAUGGAACCGAAAAUAUCUCAGAGGCAACAAGCGCACUAGAAUAAACAGACAUUUGAGUAAGAAUGGGACAGCUACGCAGCCGUCCACUGUAUGUGCUUUACAUCCCCUGUCUGCAGUAGAAACACUUGUGUAGUCCUGUGGGAGGAAACGUGACAGACCAAAUGGGAUAUCUGCUAGAUUUCAUGGACCAGUAUCUUACUCCAUGAUAUCAGGACAACAGUACUUUUUGAAUUGUAAUGAACUAUUCUAUUUUGUAUAGGAUGUUUUCAGGAUCUAGAAUAUAAAUACAUAAAUUUCCACUCCAAAUUGAGUAUUUUAGAUUGUGUGCAAGUUUUUCAUGCAGAUAAAACCAGGUAUACCAAUUUUAGUUUUAGCUCCCUCAUUUAAAAUGUUAAUAAUAGCUUUUUUAAAAUCGUAUAUUAAAAUUGGGCAAGUUUACUUAGCUCCUCACCCCUCGAAUCAGUUAUGCGGUUACUGCACUUAAAUCAAAUGUUUUGAUGAAUGUGUUUCACUAGAGUGUGUGAUGCAAGUGUUGGUCUUGGCAUUGCACAUCAGAUAAUGUUUAAUGUCUCCUUUAG